GGUUCUGCGGGGAGUGUUUGCAGCCCUGCCUGCAGGUGCCGUCGCCGCUGUGCCCGCUCUGCCGCAUGCCCUUCGACCCCAAGAAGGUGGAGAAAGCCUCCAACGUGGAGAAGCAGCUUUCCUCCUACAAGGCGCCCUGCCGGGGAUGCAGCAAGAAGGUGACGCUGACGAAGAUGAGGGCGCACGUCUCGUCCUGCGGCAAGGUGCAGGAGCAGAUGGCCAACUGCCCCAAGUUCGUGCCGGUGAUCCCCACCUCCCAGCCCAUCCCCAGCAACAUCCCCAACCGGUCCACGUUCGUCUGCCCGUACUGCGGUGCCCGCAACCUGGACCAGCAGGAGCUGGUGAAGCACUGCAUGGAGAACCACCGCAACGACCCCAACAAAGUGGUGUGCCCAGUCUGCUCCGCUAUGCCCUGGGGGGAUCCCAGCUACAAGAGUGCCAACUUCUUGCAGCACCUCCUGCACCGGCACAAGUUCUCCUACGACACCUUUGUGGACUAUAGCAUUGACGAGGAGGCAGCACUGCAAGCUGCGCUGGCGCUCUCCCUCUCUGAGAACUGAUGGCCAUGGCCAAGCUGCAGCGGGGCCCUCGACCUUCCACCCUCCUCUGCACUGGCCACUUGCCACUGUAACCAGCGAGGCAAGGAGCUCAUCCACCCUGGCAUACUCUAGCGAGUAGGCAGCCCAUCCUCUCAGCCUUGCACCUUGUUGAAUAAGGUGGGAGCUUUCAGUGACAUGACGGAGUGGGGGCCAGAGCGACCUUGGCUGGACAGGACGGGGACCCUUCCCUGCUGCCAGGUUUCUUCACUGGGACAUUCCAGAUCCGGAUAAUGGAGUAUGCAUCGAUCUAUUUAUUACUAGAUGCUUUUUGGGCACCGUCUACUCUCUUCCUCUUUGCAGUUUAAUCGCACGGAGCAGAGGGGGUUUGAGCCCGGGAAGGGCACAGAUGGAGACCCCGGCCCUCCACAGCUGAACGGCAACUGCUCGCGCUCUCCCCCACGUGGGCCCAGACUAGAAGCAAGGCGGCACUUGGGCUACAGCGGCGGUGCCGUGAGGACAGGCGUACUGGAAAUCUGUAGCUAGAAGCAGGGGGAGGCCCUGAGCCCUCCUGCCAUCCGACGACCUUCAGUCCAGUUCUCCCCCUGAUCGUUUUGUACUGGCUUUUUGUGAUGCAAGGAGUUCUUGAAUUUUUCUACAUUAACCCAUGUGAAACCUUUUCGCAUUUUCUAGGGCCAAGGUGAAGCGGCAGCUCCUCUUCAUGUUGCAAUACUGGUGUCUGGCUAGGGACAAGAGUAUUUUUAUGGGACAUUAUUAAGAGAAAAACAAAAGUCUAUUUUUCAAAGCUCAUGCUGCAGGUUGGAGAAAGAGGGCGGGGGUGACGAGCAGGGCAUUAUCUUCCUGGAGGCCUGAGCGACAGAAAGAAAGGCGACUCUGUUGGUUUCAGACAUGUUGGUUUAUCUCCAAGAGUUUUCCAUUGGGCAUCUCUGCAAAGAAAGCUGAGGCUGGCGUGCGGCUGAGCUGGGGCCAAGACAGUGGGUGCAAUGCCAGGAGUUACUCAAUAUUAUGCGAGCUCCAGGUUUCAGCCCAUUUUUGGUCUGCAAGCAGUGUUAGCUGGCUUCUGUGUAGUGAUGAGGGUCUCUGCAAUCUGCCGGAGCCUGGCAGGCAUUAGAGUGGGGCUGCUUUGGUUCUCACCAGGCAGAGAUUUUGGGAUGGUUGCAGUGAUCUCUGUUUAAAGGGAUACCUAUGGCUUAGGCUUCUGAUGCCUGUGCUUCCACUCGUGGUGCUGAAAGCUCCCUUUCAAAUCCUUUAUUGGGACCUUGGAAGUUUUGAAUGUGAAGCUGGAGCAUGGGGACCCCCCAGCUGGUUGCCGUGAGCUGUCAGGAUUUGCUUUUGAGAGAAGGGAAUCCUUGCCAGCCAGCAGACUUAGCCAGUAUGUGGGUGGCUGGGUGGACUCUAAUCCCCAAGUGGCAUCAGGAGCCUGUCAGCAGGAGCAAAGCCAGGGAUUGGGGUUAUGCCGUCCCCUGAAACAGCAGGGAUAGGGUGGAGGAAGAGGCCAGCUCUGGGCCUGAUGGGGUGCAGCAGGUCCCAAGCAAGCACUGCAAUGCCCACAGGCUACGCUGAUACCCAUGUUCAUUGGCCAGUGCUUGCUUCGGCGCUUGCAACAGAAUUUAGCGCACACCCUGUGCCCUCAGCAUGAGCAGGAAGGGCCUGCUCUGUGCCAGGCUGUGCACCCCUGCGCCCUCCGGCUGGAUGCCCAGAUCACUGUCCCUUGCAGCCCAGCUGCUGCAUGAGCCUCUCGGGGUAUGGGGCAGAUCUGGCUGAAGCCUGACACUGGCUUUUAGCAGCUGUGAUGUUUCUCCUUGGAGUGGCGCAGCCAGCAAAGCAGACCAGGAAACACAAAGGCGGCAGGGCUGGGCAGGAAAUGCUACUUCCCGUGCGCUGCAGCUGCUGUGGUUUCAUCUCCACUGCCCCCAGCGCGGUGUCUGGCCCUUGGAGCAGGCAGGGGGGCCUGGACCUGUUGGCCUCUAGUCGCAGCCCUGUGCCACCUGCCUCCGUUCCUAGUGGGAGCCUGGGCUCCCAAAGGUGGAACGUAAGCCCUCGUCCCCAGGCUUCCCAUCUUGACUGGGAGCCUGAUGCCUGUCCCUCCAUGCCCUAGAGUAGCCUCUUCUUUCCCAGGGUGUCGAGGCCGUGGCUCUGCGGGGCGUGUGCCCAGGAGCAGGGCUGAGCUGGCUGGGAAAGCUGCCCCAUCCAGCUCCCCCUCUCCUGGCUGCUCCCGGCUUGGGCUCGUGGGUGCUUUUGUCCGGUCGUUCGCUGUUCUUGUCGUUCCCAGCAGAAGCCUCCAGGGGGUGCAGCUGUCCCGCUGGAUCGGGGCCCUCCCUGCGCGCUGUGUCCUGUCCUGGACCUUGAUGCUGUUGGAGUGCAGCCCCCCGCUGCCUGCAGACACCCCUGCCCAUGUCCUCAUGUCCCAGCUUGGCAGCCAGGCUUACUGGAGGGUCAGUAGCAUGCCUGGCAAGGCGGCAUGGGGUAGCGGGUAGAGCUGCGCCUUUGUCUUCUCGGCUACUUCAGUGGCUAGCAGAGCAGCCUUUUUGCUUCUGUGCCUCUGUUUCCUUAUCCGUGCGCUGCCCGGACACUACUGUCCUUGGGUUUGCCAGGAUGGCACCUACCCCUUCUCACAGUCUGCUGGGGCUCUUGUGUGAAAGGCACUGGGCACGUGGUAGGGGCAUCACUCGUAUUCCCCUGGCCUAGGUCAAAGCUGUGCGACCCAGGCGGUCUCUGCAGUUGCUUGCUGGAGCCAGGCAGGGCUCUGAUGUGUGGGGGGGGAGGGCAAGUUCCCUUCCCCUGGGAGGUCGUGUCCCACCUGCUGCACCUUGC